UUUCAAUUAGUUGGCGUCUGCACUCUCGUGGCCACUAGCGACCGUUCUGUAGAAAAAAUUCUAAUGGUUUCCGUAGACGACGUCAUGAAUAACAAAUUCGAAGCGUUGAAAAAUGAUGAUAGCGAAGACGACGACGGAGGUUUGAAAGAACAAAAAGAAUUCAAAGCACUGAUAACAGAAGCCGACCCAAAAGAACAUAAACUGCAGUUUACGUAUGGUCUUUGGUUUUCACGACGUUCUCCUGGAAAACAAGGCAACAUACAAUCGUACGAUCAGACAUUAAAACUUGUUGGGGUUUUCAAUACAGUAAGCAGUUUUAAAUUAGUAAUUUGUUAAAACAUUUUUAUUAUUAACAAUUCUUUCGAGCAGUAAGAACAUCUUAACAACUAACAUUUUCAGUCUUAUUAAGAAAUCAUCUUCGGAUUUACAAAUAUUCCAUUAAACAAUGUAAUUCAAGUGUUUGGUUUUGGGAAUAUCAAAUUGUAACAAAAAUGAAAUACGAUAAAACAACAUAAAUAAAUACAAUAAAAACAUAAAAUAAAUAAAUGUCUCCCUGAACUCAAGGAUAGAGAGAAAUGUACCAUUCUCUCUGUUUGUAAGAUAGUUAAUGGAUGGCCACAAUGUACUGAUUUAUAUAUUUCCAGGGAUUCUGUGUGUAAAAUGUGAUGUUUGUUCCUGACAUUUAAAAUGUAUGGCAUUCCCAAAACCUAUAUUCUAUU